ACUUCCGGCCGCCGCCAUGGGCUCAGCGGGGCGGCUCGGCGGGGUGGUGGCGCUGGUGACAGGCGGCGGCAGCGGCAUCGGCCGCGCCGUGUGUGUCCGUCUGGCGCGGGAUGGCGCCCGCGUGGCCGUGGCCGACCGCGAUGGGGGUUGGGCGGGGGAGGUGAGGGAGGGGCUGUCCCCAACGCCCCCCCCCCUCCACGCCGCCUUCGCCGUCGACGUGGCCUCCCAGGACAGCGUGGACGCCAUGGUGGCGCGCGUGCAGGACCACUUUGGGACCCCCCCCUCCAUCUGUGUGACGUGCGCCGGUGUGACCCGCGAUGAGUUCCUGCUGCGUCUGCCCCACAACCACUUCGAUGAGGUGCUCAGCGUCAACCUGAAGGUGGGCAACGUGGGCCAGGCCAACUACGCGGCCUCCAAAUCCGGCGUGGAGGGGCUGAUGAGGAGCUGCGCCAAAGAGCUGGGCAGGUUUGGGAUCCGCUGUAAUGCGGUGCUGCCCGGAUUCAUCCGCACCCCAAUGACUGCCAGGGUGCCCAGCAAAGUGAUAGGGAAGUUUGCAGCGCUGGUGCCAAUGGGACGUCUGGGACAGCCAGAGGAGGUGGCGGACGUCUGUGCCUUCCUGGCGUCAGAGGACAGCGCGUACAUCACCGGUGCCAGCGUGGAGGUGACAGCCCUGCUUCGUGAGCGCCUCACUUCCCAACCGAACCACCUGAUUGGCUCACUCACUGAUUGCAGCCGCGCCACGUGAUUGGCUCAGGCUCCCUAACCGCGCCUCCUGAUUGGUCGCCAGACAUGCAGUAGGCGGGACUUCCGUG